AUGGCACCAAAGAUGAAGAGCUUCCUCAGCUGCUUGGUCCUUGUAGCAUCUGUUGUCAACGCCCAGCUCGCAUCGACUGGCUUCUCUCUGGCUUACAACGACAUCUACUACUAUGUGUCGCCACAUGCUGUGGGCAACAUGUCCGUCGACGUGGCUGCCUUGCGAUGGAUUGAGCCGGAUCUUGCUGCCACCGUUGCCAACUUCUCGCAAACGGAUGAUGUCUACUCGGACCUCUUUGCAAGUACCAUGGUAUAUGCAGGCGCCGAGACGGGGACCAGCGGCGACUUCAGAACUCUGGCCCUAGAGUCGACCUCUUUACCAUCUGGUCCAUAUUUCCUGGAAGCAUCGACGGGCAUGUUGUAUGAGACAUAUCGCCUGUACUCAGACCACACAGGAGCGUUCAUUGCUUCGCUGCUGCAAUCACCCGAAGGCACCUUUUCGCCCUUAUCUGCGCAGAUCCCUGGGGCUGAUGCCCUCAGUAUCGGUGUUCCAUCAAGGCUGUAUUCCACAAAAACAGCCGAGAAGCCACUUGCUGGUGUACGCAUUGCAGUCAAGGAUAUUUUCGAUGUUGCUGGAAUGAAGACUGGCUGCGGCAGCAGGGCUUACUAUAGCCUCUAUCCCGAAGCCAAUGCCACGGGCGUGGCCAUGCAGCGAUUGUUGGAUGCAGGUGCAGUGUUCGUUGGGAAGACAAAGACGUCACAGUUCGCAAAUGGUGAAUCUGCUACAGCCGACUGGGUGGACUAUCACUCACCUUUCAAUCCUCGCGGCGAUGGCUAUCAGCAGACAUCAUCCUCUUCGGCAGGCUCCGGCUCUGCCAUGGGAACCUACGAGUGGCUUGAUCUUGCGAUCGGCAGCGACACUGGUGGUUCGAUCAGAGGGCCAAGUUCUGCGCAGGGACUGUUCGGAAAUCGGCCAUCUCAUGGCCUGGUCGAAUUGACUGGUGUAAUGCCUUUGGCUGGGGCACUCGACACCGCAGGUUUUCUUACUCGCGACCCAUACAUCUGGAACGCUGCGCAAGCAGUGAUGUACGCAGAAAACUACGUUCAGCCUACGAACAAAACGUACCCGAAGAAAGUGCAGCUCUACACUGGCUAUCCGAAGAACGCCUCCGCUAGCAAUGCCUCCGAGAUCCUCGUUGGAUUUGCGGACAAAUUGGCCGAUUUCCUUGGCGCUGAGACGUUAGACUUCAAUAUUACUUCUGCUUGGGAAGACACGCACCCUGAAGGAGUACCUGACAGCCUUGCAGCUUUCGCGAAUCUCACAUAUGCUGCGCUCAUUGGGAAAAAUCAGACUGGGCUUUUGCGGGAUCGCUUUUACGAAGACUAUGCCGCUGCGCAUGAUGGUCGUACUCCCUUUGUCAAUCCUUCACCACGAAUUCGGUGGGCCUGGGCUGACACACAGGACGAUUCGAUCUUCGACGAAGCUCUCACGAACAAGACGAUCUUCAUGGACUGGUUUAACAGCGAAGUCGUACCCGCGACGAACGACUCAGCCUGUUCUGACUCCCUCAUGCUCUAUGUCGGCGCUACAGGCGGCGACGGAUCACUCACGCCUCGAGAUACAUACUUUACAGCCCCCGGAACCUCCUUUUACUCAAAUGCUUCGAACCACGAAGAGUAUCUGCCAGUCGCAGUCGAGGUGAUUGCGGCGAAGGGCUGCGAUGGGAUGUUGACAAGCUUGGCGAUCGACUUGGUCGAGGCCGGCAUUAUUACUAUCCCGAAGCCCGGUCAGACGCUAGCUGACGGAGGGGAGAUACUGGUGCGGAGGGAGCUUGAUAACUAG